UCUGCAUCCAGAAACAAAGCCCUGGGGAUAUAAGUCUACAACAAGCUGCUGAGCCCAGCAGCAGCACACAGAGUGGAGAGCUCCCAGGUUGCGGGUUUAACAUGCCUGGCUCAAUGACCACAGGAAAGAAGCUGGACCUGUCCAAGCUGACAGACGAGGAGGCCAAACAUGUGUGGGAGGUGAUCCAGAGAGACUUCGACCUGAGGAAGAAAGAGGAGGACAGACUCGGAGAACUGAAGACGAAGAUCGAAAAGGAGGACACAAAGAGGGAGCUGCUGCACCAGACCCCCCUCUCAGAGUCCUAUUGUAUCCGCUGUCUCAAACCAUUCAAAAUCCUGAUCACCAACAAAGUCCAGUGCUUGGACUGUCUGCCUGUGUGCAAGAGCUGCAGCCACUACAGCAAGAAGGAGCAGGGCUGGGUCUGCCAUCCCUGCCACAUGACCAGGGUGCUAAAGAUCGGUACACUGGAGUGGUACCAUGAAAACGUGCGUGCCCGAUUCAAACGCUUUGGGAGUGCAAAGGUCAUGAGGUCAUUGUUCAAACGACUGAACGGAGAGCCCAGUGGAUCAGAGAGUGAACUGAGAGGACCCAGUGACUAUGACACAAGGAGCAUGCCAGACACAAGUGGAUUUGAGGACAACAGCACUGAUCAAUCAGAUGGACACCACUACAAAGAGAUGAAAAAGCCAAAGCGGCGUCUCACAGUGGACCCCAUAGAACUGGGCCUGGGCUUUGACUAUCUGAGUGAAUCCAGAGGACGAUAUUAUCAGACCCACAGUCCCAAUGGCAGUGUGAGUGACAUGGGGAAGAGAAUGGACUACAACAAUGGAGGUCUGGACUACAGCCAGGGGGUGGAGUCUGCAAUCAGCCAGCAUCAAGAUGAGUUGGUGUUCUCAGAGGGCCCUGGUCCUUCCCGCUCUGUGUCUCGUCUCAGUUACUCAUCCUGUGGCAGUGGGAGUGCAGGGGGCCCCAGGAGCUCCAGGUUUCUCCCCGGAGCAGAGGACUCAGAGGAGGAUGAACACUUCCACACCUUCCCCCUGUACCAGAGCCACCAGGCCCUGUACAGCCACACCUCCCAGGAGAGCCUGCACUCCAGCAACCCACCACAGAUCACUGACCUGAACAGGCGCAUGUCGGCUGUGGAGUCUCUGCUGAACCGACUGGAGCAGAAAGUCACCUCCACCCCUGACCAGCUCUCUUUGCAGACACAGACCCCCAGCAGUGUGUCUCCUUUGCCCGACUGGGAGGUUGAACUGGAAGAACAACAGCUCAGACAGAAACUGAGUGAAAUGACCAACAACAUCAGUGACCACAGCGUCAGUGAGGAAGAGGACAAGGAGGAAGAGAACCAGAUCAGUCGCCCCCAGUCGUCCCUGGACAUCCCGGUGUGGAGAAGCCCUCUGCAGGGGGAGGCUUUCAUCAGCAGGAUCCCCACCAGACCCUCCUCCAGACUCAGCAGUGUCAGUGUGGGGGCCAAGACUGAAGACAACAUGCAGCAGCAAGGGGAGGACACCAGGAUAAACCAGUCCUCUGAGAGCCUGGACCACAAGUCUGCAGAGGAGAGGGCUCGGCUCAGAGGCUCCACAGCUCUUCUGUUUGAGCUCGAGGACAAAGUGGCUCAGGCAGCAGCUGAUGUCCAGAACACACAGAGUCAGGUCUCCUACAUAGAAAACAAGAUUGCUGCUCUGAAUGCUGCUGGAAUGCCCACAGACAAAAGGAGGAAGUCCGCAAUCCCGAUCCAGGCUCGCAGGCUGUCCCAGAACUUUCCCACAACCCAGACCGACAAAUUUGUGAGGAACUGCUGCUACAGGGGCUCUUUGACUCAGAGAAGCCCAGUCAAGAAACCCCAACCUCAGGCAAAGAGUGCGAAGCCGGUUAUGACACAGGGCUCAUAAGACGCCGCCUCAGUGUGAUUUGAUGGAGCUCAUUUCCAGAGGGAUUUCAGAGGAAUGCGG